GCUCACGAAAGCUUAUGCUCAAAUAAAUUUGUUAGUCUCUAAGGUGCCACAAGUACUCCUUUUCUUUUUGAUUUGGGUAGUAGAUGGUUGCAUUUGUGGCCCUGUGGUGGGGUAUACAAAGCCCACGCUGGCCCAGGAAUGGUUAGAGAGAGCUUGAGAGCUCCAGCUCGUAUACCUGGAGAGGGCAUAGUCAGGUUGAGGGAGGAACUCAAAAGAAAGAGUAUAUGACAAUCUCCUGGGAGGAGAGGCUGUAUAGGGAAGGGUGGGGAGUUGGGAGAAAGGUAUAGCUGCAGGAGACAGGAUUAGCUAUGUAGUGAGCCCAGUGAAGGGGCAGUACUCAAAGGAAGUUUCUCUCAGGAGAUUGAGUCACAGGGAAAAACUUUUUUGGUUUUGUUUUGGUUGUGUCUUGUUUACUAUAAUCAGGCUAAGGAUUUCUUGUCACCUUGGUUAUGUGAAAAGGAAGUGUUACCUCUAAAAGAAUUAAAUUAGCCCUGGUCUACACUACAGAAUUAGAUUGAUGCAAGGCAGUUUACGUCAACCUACCUCUGUAAACGUCUACACUAAUAUGUUGCUCCCGCUAAUGUAACUUAACCAUUAUGCCAACUUAAUAACUUGACCUCCACAAGAGGCGUAGCACUUAGGUCAAUGUAGUUAAAUUCCAUUACCUGUUUGCACUGCGUGGAGAGCUCACAUAGCAACUGCCCAGGUGACCAUGCCAGCUCCACGUAGCAAACGCCCUCCUACCUGGAGUACACAGAGGUGGUGGAUCUCCUGGGUUUGUGGGGGAAAAAGACUGUGCAGGUAUAGCUCUGAUCCAGCAGUAGAAAUGUCAAUAUCUAUGAGCAGAUCGCUCAGGACAUGGGGAGAAUGGCUACAACAGGGAUAUGCAGCAGUGCACGUGAAAAUCAAAGAGCUGCAGCAGGUGUACCAGAAGGCAAAGGAGGCUAACAGUCAUUCUGGAGUGGAGCUGAAAACAUGUUGCUUCUACAAGAGACUACGUGCCAUCCUUUGGGGAGGCCCAACUGCCAAGAGCCCUGUGGAUACUUCGGGGGGGCCCCUGUAGUGCACAGUGACGAGGAGGUGUUGGAUGAGGAAAUGGAGGAGGAGUAUGCGGAACAGGUGACUGGUGGAUUCAGUGGUGUGGCAAGGCAGGAACUCUUUCUGAUGCUGGAGCAGUCGAGCCAGUCCCUACCAUACAGCACUGGCAAGCCUGAUGUAGAGGAAGGAACUUCUGCUGGAAAUGUGGCUUUGAGGGGUCUUGCCAUCCAUACCAGUGGAGUGGCUCAGCCAGAUAAGGAGGAAAAGAAAGAGAGUAUGGGACGAUAUGUUCCAAGAGAUCCUGCAAGCCUCUGCUGGGAGGAGCACCCUUCUGGACAGAAUGGGAAAGGAGAGUGCGGAGAGGAGAAACGUGCUGCAAAAGGACAGAUGCAACAAGACGUGACAGUGCUUCUCAAGACGGGACGGACAUGCUGGAGACUCUUACAGACCUUCUGGUCUAAGUCACCUGAUGUGGUCGUCUCCCACUGCAGCCUAUCGAUAACUGCAUUCUGGGACCUCCCUACCCAUCCCACCCACCCCAUAUGUUCCAGGGCUGCUGCAGUACUGCUACCCCUCCAUCCUGAGGAAAGAGUACAGACAAUCACAGCUGCACAUACUCUGACCUGAGAGAGAGACUGUUGGUUUAUUGUUUGAAAUGAGAACGAAUGUUCUUUCCCUUUCAAAGGUUCUUUUCCCUGUAUUUAUAUAGUUUUAUUCAAUUACAAUUGUUUUUGUUUGCAUAUGUUUGGAAUAAAAGUUUAUUUAUGGAAAA